CAGUGAGCUGCUGCUGCCGCUCGCCUGAUUGAUAUAUGACUGCAAUGGCACUUUUCCAUUUGACAUUCUCUCUCCCUCUCUCUCUCCCUCUCUCUCUCUCUCAAACAACAGCUCUAACUUUUGUGUGUUGCAAAUAUAAAAGGCAAGCCAUGUGACAGAGGGACAGAAGAACAAAAGCAUUUGGAAGUAACAGGACCUCUCUUUCGCUCUCAGAAGAGUGUGAGGGAAGGAAGGAGCGGCACAUUUUCCAAAGCCAUGUAGAAGAUUCUUUGAUGGAUUACAACCUCAACAAAACGCCAGCUUAAAAAGAACAAUGACAGCCAAGAGACUUAAACCAGGUCUUUCAUCUUUCUUGAAAGGAACUGAGUCCCAGUAUUUAGAGUUUUUUUAAUACUCUACCUCCCUCUGCUGUUAUUACUGAGAAGUUCUUCAGCAAUGGGAAAUCAUGUACUAGCAGCUUCGAUUUCCAUGCUCUCCCUUCUUGCAAUAAUGGGAGACACGGACAGUAAAACGGACAGUUCGUUCAUGAUUGACUCAGACCCAGGUCGCUGUAUGAGGCAUCACUAUGUUGAUUCCAUCAGUCAUCCAUUGUACAAGUGUAACUCAAAGAUGGUGCUGCUGGCUCGUUGCGAGGGACGCUGCAGUCAGACAUCACGCUCUGAGCCGAUGGUCUCCUUCAGCACAGUCCUAAAACAACCAUUCCGUUCUACCUGCCACUGUUGCCGGCCCCAGACCUCCAAGCUGAAAGCAAUGAGGUUGCGCUGCUCAGGUGGCAUGAGGCUCACUGCUACCUACCGCUACAUCCUGUCCUGCCAUUGUGAAGAGUGCAACUCCUAGGGGGGACACUAGUUGCAAUGAGGAGAGGCGGGACACUGCUCCCAGAAAGCAACCCCAGCCACUGAGAACUCACCAGCAAGCUAUUAAAGUAUUCCUACUACCAGGGCUCAUCAAGCUGGGUUGGAUUUGAGAGGUAGAAAAUGAAAGACACUGAGACCCUGGAUUAUGCUGAUUGUGAAAACAAAGACAUCCACCUGCUAGUCUGUGCUGAAGACAAAACCCUGGAGACAUGAACCCUUUUUUCCCCCUGAAAGGAUACUUUGGGGGUAUAUUUUCAGGCUCAGCCUCUCUUCUGCUCUGAAUAAGGACUGAUGGGAGUUUUAUUUUUGUUGCCCGUGAACAAUAAAGACACACAGAGAGAACAACGAGGGUCCGUCUGCUGGAGAUACUACAUUCUACAAGAGUUGACAUUGGGAAGCAGGAUGGCUCCAUUCCUGCAUAUGACUGCUUAUUGUGUCAUUUUAUUAUAUUGCCCUUCAAAAUGAACUGCGUUGAUGGUAAGGGAUAUAUGUUACUUGAUCUGGCAGACAAGUUCUGGACUAUGUUAACUGUGGUUUAGCUGAAAUUACAAAUAAAUUAUAGAAAAGUGAACUGGAUAGCGAACGAGGCAUGGGAAUUGUCCAGCUCUAAAUGGUUCAAAUGAUUAUUUGUAGUCGAUUGCAUCACAGCUUGGUGUCUGAGUGACAUUUAGAAAGAAAAAAGUCAUGCAGUUCAUUCUUUCUCCUUUAAUAUCCUGGGGGUGAUCAUUAUAGGCAGACUGUAGCUGUCACAAAAUGCACUAAUUAAAAACUAGAAACUAAGCACCAGUUUACAAUUUAAAAAUGGAGCCUCUUAAACAGAAUCUCUUCUUAAACUGGGCUGGUCUCAGGAGGAACAGAUCCCAGAGCUGCCAUAAUAAUAAUAAUAUGUAGGAAUACUUUUUAUCCAUAGAUCUCAAAGUACUUUAUCCAAAGUGAGUAAGUAUCAUAUCCCCGUUUUAAAGACAAAGAAUCUGAGGCACAAGGGAGGUAAUUGAUCUGCCUACAACAAGGCCAUGGCAGAUCCUGAAUCCCAGUUGUGUACUAAUUAUUGGAUCAUGCUGCUUCUCUGCAAGGGAGGUUCUGACCACCAGUUGCCUUCCCCUCUAGGACCACUAUUGUACAAGGAAAUAGGCCUAGCUCAUGAGUUACAGAGGUUGCCUGGCAUGCAAACAGAGGUGAUGUUGGGGGCGGGGAGGGGUCGGGUCACAUGGCCCCCCAAUUUGCUGCUUGGCUUGUACUGAGCAUGCUUACAUGGACUGAGCAUGAUCAGUAACAUAUGCUGAAGCCACUGCCCUCAAUGUACACCCCCUGCACCCCUCCCCACUAUUGGAAGGCCGUUGUCUCUGCAAAGUUUCAAAAAACGGUGCCCCUGAGUGGUAGAUUACUUUAUUUGUAGUUAAAGCUGGCUCUGCUCUUAAACAGUUAGCUUUUGGGAGGGUCAGUUGAACAGCCUACCUACAGCCUUCCACAAGGUGGAAACUAUGUAAAUUUAUUUGGAUCUUGGCUCCUAUUAAUGGCGAUAUACUGAGUAGGACAGUCAACCUGCUACAGAAUCUCUUCCCUGCACCCAGAUCAACCUAAACAGGUGUUCCAUGUGAGACAGUCAAAGCCAAAGAAGUAGAGAGCUCAUGGAAGCUUCUUUCAUGGCUCAUAAUACCAGAUUCAGUCCAGCUUCAAAUCAGCACUGACACCCAGCUGGAAUAUGGCUAAAGUCCAGUAGUGACUCCAGCAGUAAUCUGAAUGUCAUUGCACAAUGAUGAAUAGGAGGGGCAGAGGUUGAGGUUGGGAGUGGGUAGUCAAAUCCAGAAUGCAGCCCAUCUGUUGUAUGCCAUCUAAUCUGUCUUGAACAAUUGCUAUAUAUAGCAACCAGGCUUUUGACAGUUACAUCACAGGGAAUCCACUGAGCAUGCUCAAGGAGCCCCCAACGUCUUUCUCUAAUAUAAAGAAACAGAUUAAGUGGCCUGAAAUUGGGAAGUGAGCAUUUCAAUGGCUUAUAUAUGCAUUACUGUGGUCGACCAGGCAGAGUCAAUGUCCUUGACCAUUACUGCCCCAGGAGUACUAUGGGAAGUAGCGACAAGUGGCAGGCAUAUACUCAGCUGAAUUAUGGAGCAGGAUAUAAAUCAGUAAAAGUAGAAAACGACUGGGGCCAAAUGUACACAGACACUUAUAGAUAUUAGUGAUAGAUAGGUGGUAUAGACUGAAAAGGAUAGCCCCUGUCUGCUGGAGAGUAUCUUGUCAUUGAUGGCCAGUUUUAAAUAAGAACUCUUAAAGCUGUGGAUGAAGAGUGAAUCAAAUUGUUUUGAGCUAUGUAGCUCAUAGUCAAAUGCCAAGACCAUGACUGAAGGACCACGAUGAGAUCAUUGGACAUGAUUCAUUAUUUCAUUCUGAUGUUGAUUCUUUUCAUAUCCGAUGAAUGGUUUGAACAUGACAGAUAGGUGUGUGUACUGAGCAUUAUCACGUAACUAGUUUGUACAAGACCCUCACCCCCACCCAAAGGAACAUUUUUGUGUGUCUUUUUGUCUGUCCAAGCUUCAUUAUCUAAAAUACUUCAUUAUCCACAACAAGAUCGUGUCUCCAUAUUAAUUAUAUAGAAAAUUCCCCUGAUUAUCUGAACCAUUAAUAAUCUAAAAUUAUAGUGGUUGCCCUAAUACAUUUUCAGUUUUAUCUUUGAUAACUACAUACUAUUACCUCAAAAUAUACAAAGUAUCCUGUACUUAGGAUAGAGAAUUCUGCAUGAGCUGAAGUCAUGUUAUUUAGUUAUCAAAGGUAUUGGAAACAUUUUAAGGGUAACUGCUGGUAUUCAGUGUCUCUCCCCUUUUCCCCACCACAUGACAUCAAGGGGCAGAGCCUUAGCUCCACUGAAGUCAUUAGGGCGCUGACAAUUUACACAGGCUAAGAAUCUGCUGCUUGAAGCUUUUACUGUACAGUAGCCAAUGUCUCAAGCUAGACAGGACUGGAUUGAUGAAUAAUACCAAAUUGAAAAACUCAUUGGUUGUGCUGUUGCUCUCCCUCUCUUUGGUAAGAAGAGAGGUGGGAUUUAAAGAAAGACUUUCACACCAGAGCCAACUUAGAAAAAAGAGAAUAUUUAUAGUGAGAGAAAAACUUGGGAUACAUUUAUUCCUGUGUCCCUUUUCCAUCACAAUGCAAGAGCUAUUAUUGUGACAAUAGGUCUCCUAGAAGAUAUUUGUGUUUUAACAAAAGCUUUCUCUCACACCCAAGAUUCCUUCCCCUUCUCUUGAUCCUACAGUGAUGUCAUCUCCUUGUGACCUCAAAAUCUGUUGCCAGGCAAAUAAUUAUGAUGUCACUUCAACUUGUUUUUACUUAAUUAUAGGGUCAAAUAAAUAUAAUAGAGUUGGGACAUGAAGGUGUCAACCCUAUUUGCAAACAAGUUGAAUUGGUAAAUAACAAACUCUGAGCCAAAUCUUUGAGUUCUGACUUGGUUUUUGCCUAGCCCUUCCUCAGGUAAAACUCGUAUUGACUUCAGAAGAUAAGGACUGAAGGCCCAGUUUUCAUGUAGCAUGGGAAUUGUCCAGCCCUAGACAGUUGAAAUGAUUAUUAGUAGUGGACUUCAUGACAACUCAGUGGCUGAAUGAUGUUUAGAAAGAAAAAGGUCAUGCAGUUCAUUUUUCCUCCUCUAACAUCCCUGGGGGUAUCACUGCAGCCAGACUGUAGCUGUCACUAAAUAAGUGUCAAAAAUUUAGCGCCUAAAUCCAUAUUUUGACAUCUACAUAUCCAUUUUAGGCAACUAAACAAAGUACAUACAUCAUCAGUUAUGUGCAACAAUAUGGAUUCAAGUGCCCCAUGUAGAACAACCAUCUUUGAAAACAAAGGACCACAGGCUUUGACUCAUUGUGCAAGAAAAUAUGAAAAUUAAAUGACUUUGUUUCCUUAGCAUGAGAUUGAACUUGAUACAUAUCUGAUAUGUUCUGAAGGUUUGACUACGCUCUAAGUACCUCUGUAAUAAUGUUGUUCCUCGAGAACAGAAAGGGAUAAUUGUCUAGAUAUUGUUGAGGAGUGGGUUCUUUGCCAUAAUGUCCUCUCCUCAGCAUCUGAAUGUGUGUAUCUGUGUGGUUUUUCUUUUUCCACUGGGGUUCACCCUUCCUGAAGAAGGAUCCUCCCCUUUCUUCCUUUCGCUCCAUAAUGUUCCUAAUGUGUGGGCCACAAAAUCAGAACCCCAAUAAUCUCUUCUGUAUCCACAUCUCCCAUGGUGUAGUACACAGCAUCAUGCUACCCAAUUAGUUUACUUUUUAAAACCAUAUACUAUCGCAUCAGCAGUGCUAUAGUUCAAUUUGAAUUGGGUUAAUCGCAUUAAAAUGAUUUACUAAUGGAGCCCAGAGAGAGAAAGACACAAACUUGGCACAUAGAAAAGAACUAUAAUGAAGAGCUUCAUCGGGAUUGUUUGUGUAAGAAGUAUGUUAUAAGCUAAUGUUGUAUAUCGGAGACCCCUUUAGGAAGACGUUGUGAUGUGCCAGAGUAAAAAGACCAUAAUCAAGCAUACGUUGAGUACUAUGGUCCCACUGAAGUGGGACCACUUGUGUGCUUAAAGUCACAUGCAUGUUUAAGUGCUUUUGCUGGGUCUGUCCCUAUAUAAAUAAUAACAAUUAACUUAAGAGCUCACUGUUUUCCUGAAGAUGUCCACAGGGACAUUAAUUAUUCUUUCCCUUGGCUUGUGAGCAUGGACAACUUUUAUAGAUAAGAGACCCUGAGCCUGGCUGUCUCUGCUUGGCAUAAUCAAGUGCUUUUGUCAGCUUUUUGUACAAUGCUAAGUACAAUAAAGGGGCCUGAUAUGAAGUUCACUGACAUUAAGGGGAGUCUGUCGUCUUUGAUGGGUUUCAGAUCAAGUCCUAAAUAAGCGCUUUUUACUAUAUAUUAAAAAACAAAUUAAAACAUUUUAUAAUCUCAGAGACAGGUGUGCAACAGGGCAACUCUAGCAGAUUUGCACUGACACACAGACCAAGAUGUAUAAUUUGCAGUUAAAUGUGUUUUUGUGAACAGGCAAGAAGAAUACAAAAUAAAAGUUACUGCAGCAGUAACUCCUGCUCUUCUGUGUGUCUUUCUUCAGUGCUGCUUCUGCUUUUUAGCAUCUUAUUUGGGAAGAAGAGCUAUUUAGAAUGCUGGUGUGUCCUUUUCUGGGAGGUGAGGUGUAUUUCAGUGCCGUUUUCCUAUGCUACUAAAGUCAAUGGAAAGUUUGCAAUGGAGUUUGAGAGGAAUGGGAUUAGGCCCUAAAGAAAAGAGAGCUUUGCGUAGCAGGGAAUUUGCCCUCCAGCUCUGUGCAUAGGUAUUUUUCAGAAAAUCCAAACAGUUAAAAAAGUUCAGAGUACUGGCAGGAGACUGAAACAGAUCACCACGAACAUAUGGAGCGUCUGUAUUUAUAAGGGUGUUUUUCUUACUUUCUUUGACUCGAUAGACGUUUGAAACACAAAGGUUGAAACAAAAGCAUUAAUGCAGCACAAGUGAUUGACAACUUUACUAGAGAGAUUACACUACUACAGAUACUGAAACAGGUGCACUAACAAAUAUGCUGCACAGAAUGUUUUAAACUAGCUGCAGAUCAGCUUCUUAUAUUGUGCAAGUGCAAAGAGGGGUGGUCGGAAAUGUGAAUAAUGAGUCUAUCCCUGGUAUUCUGUGAGUAAUGGGUCAAAAUCUUUACAUGUGGCUCAAAGAAAUGCUGGACAGGUAAUCAACAGCUUCCAACUUACUUAGCCAGGCAGGGUGUUUUACUGGAAGCUUCAGUGAUUCGUGCUAGGAGAAAGAUGCUUUACAUGGCUCAGAAGACAGUACUCCAGAGUUCAAGGGUCUUGUUGAUGGGAAUAAGCA